AUGCCACGUCCUAGACGCCUCAAUGUCGCAAAAAUCCGGCAAGCCAGCACUUCCGAGGCCCUAAGCAGAGAAAUCCGGACCUGUUUUACGACCCAAGCCGACGGAGAAGUCAGUAACCAGUGGUCGUCACUGAAGACAUCAGUCUAUGGGACAGCUGAGAAAAUCCUUGGAUACACCCAACGACGCCGCAGUGACUGGAUCAGCGGAAGAACCCUGCAGUUGUCUGCUCAGACAGCUAGAGCCAGGUCCCGCAACGAUGACUACUUCCGCCAACUUCGGAAGAUGACGGCAAAAUCGGCCAGGAAUGACCGGAAGCAAUAUUGGGCUGAAAUAGCGACAUCCAUGGAACAGGCUCCGAACGUUGGGGACACUCGAAAGCUCUACCGUCUGAUCCGCCAAGUUAGCGGUAAGCCCUCUACACUGAGUGACUCUGUUCGCGAUGUGAACGGCGGCUUUAUUGCUGACAACUCGGCCAAAGUCGAGCGCUGGCGUGAGCACUUCGAACACCAUCUCAACUUCGAUGCCCAACCUACCUCGCCCUUGCUCUCCUCCUCAGCGGAGUUUCUUCCCUCUCCUACCUACGCAGUGCAAUGCGAUCCCCCCUCCGAGGAAGAAGUCGCCGAUGACAUACGAAAGUUGCGCAGCAAUAAGGCACCCGGAGAGGACGGUAUACCCGCUGAAAUCUUCAAGUCUUGUGUCGACACUGGUGCCCUGGCUCCAUGAGGUGAUGGAACGAGCGUGGAGAGACGAGGUUGUUCCUGAUGAUUGGGGCUUAGGCAUCCUUGUACCUAUCCUCAAGAAGGGAGAUAAGACGAGAUGCGAGAACUACCGCGGCAUAAGUCUCAUCGACGUUGCUGCGAAGAGCUUCGCUAUUGUCCUACUCAGGCGAUUCCAGGAUGUGCGUGACUCAAGGACGAGGCCCAACCAAGCCGGAUUUCGUGCUGGACGUGGAUGCGCAGAUCAGAUAUUCACACUGAGGCGCAUUCUCGAAUUUCGCCAUAGCUACCAACAACCGACGGCCGUCUGCUUCGUUGACUUUGCCGCCGCGUUCGAUUCCGUUCACCGUGAGUCCCUGUGGCGGAUAAUGGCGCUAGAUGGUAUACCGGCAAAAAUCAUCGCCAUGAUCAAGGCCUACUAUCGCUCCACUACGGCGAGAGUCCUGGUCCGUAACAAUCUUUCCCAACCGUUCGGUAUUCGGUCUGGCGUCCGACAGGGUUGUAUCCUGUCACCCAUACUGUUCAACUACGCUAUUGACCGGAUCCUCGGAAGGGCCCUACGCGACAGUGACAGCGUUGAAUUUGCACCCGGACAUCGACUGACUGAUCUCGACUAUGCCGAUGAUAUCGCCUUACUUGCUUCAAGUUUUGGUGAUCUGCAGUCAAUGGUGUCAUGGGUGAACGAGGUCGCUAAAUCAGUCGGUUUGUCCAUAAACGCUGGGAAGACCAAAGUAUUCUCAAGCUGCAUCCUUGACCAGGAGAAGGCACCCCUGGGGAUUGAUGGCUGUCAACUUGAAGAAGUGGACAGUUUUAAAUACCUCGGGGCGAGGCUGCUGCCUAAUGGACAGAGUAAGGACGACAUUGUCUCCCGAAUCGAUGCUGCCCGCUGGGUUUUUUCAAGCCUUCGGAAAUACCUGUGGAACCGACGUGACCUAUCCAUCGCCACUAAGAUUCGCGUGUACCGUGCAUCUGUCCGGUCUGUCCUUCUCUACGGUUGUGAAUGCUGGGCUUUGCGCGUGGAGGACGAGCGAAAACUGGAGGUAUUUGACCACCACUGCUUGAGGAUCAUCCUUCGAGUGAAGUUAACCGACUUCGUCUCAAAUGAGACAGUCCGCGCUCGCUGCGACAACAGCGCAAGGAUAACUCAGGCCAUCCAAGAAAGACGACUGAGGUGGUUCGGGCAUGUUGUUCGUCGUCCACCUCAGGAGCUCAGUGUUACUGCCCUCGAUCCGGCACCGUUGCCCCAUUGGAGACGUCGAAGAGGUGGUCAGUUCAAAACCUGGCUCGACACUGUCCGUCAAGACAUGGAGGUGGUUCUUGGACCUUCGGUAUUCGGUCUCCGUCGUUGGCGAAAAGAAUGGGUUGAGCUGUCUAGAUCUGCUGCCGCAGAUCGUCACGCGUGGAGAGGUACAGUUCGGGACAUCAUCGAGGCCGGCUAG